UCAUUAUCGCGGCCCUUCUACAUUUCGAUAUGAGUACUUGUUAACACUGUGUUGCAUUUGGAGGAGCACUCAUGCGCAUGUUUAUUGUCAAUUGCGCAUAGGGCGAAGCGAUGCCGGUCGAUCGCGGUCGCGCGUCGAAAGCGUGUGCAGCGUGUCGCAAGCAGAAAACAAGGUGUUAUGAGACUACAGCGGGGCGAGCGUGUCUUCGUUGCGAUCGCAUCGGUCAGGAGUGUUCACUGACUGCUGAGACGCCGUACUCCCGUCCUACUUUUAGUGGCAAUCCUCUUGGCGACAGCAGUGACAUAAAUGACGAGAGAGUUGAGCGCCUCGAACGGCUCGUAACUGCUCUAGCGAGACGGCUAGACGAUGUCGAGUCCGAACUUUAUAGCCAAAACGGCGAAAGGAAAAAUAGGCAAAAUUCGCAUCUGGAAGUAAACUCUCUUCUAAACCCCGAAUCGGAGACUGGAGAACAAGUUCGCGCACCAUUAUUUGUUCUUCGGGACGUUACUGCGCAGUCUGGCGUUCGGCGCGCAGAUCGCGGCGCAACGAACACUCCAUCACGGGCUAUUUCUGACGACAUCAUUUUGAAAGGGCUACUCACUGAAGAGGAGGCAUCUUCGCUGCUUGCCCUUUUUCAAGAGAACUAUGGCAGGUGGGUGUCUUUCAAUGCGACUGCAUCCACAGCCCGCCUACUUGAAGACGUCAGGAAGUCCCCACUGUUGCUCACAGCCUGCUGCUUGAUCGCCGUUCGCCAUGUUUCACAGGAACUAGCAUCCCGCCUCGCUCCGAAGCUCUUUCAAGAUGCGAAGCUAUUGCUUUCACAAGCAUUGCUAAGCGUUCCGCAACCUAUCGAGUUUUUCCAGGCUUCACUUGUUCUUUCAAUGUGGUCAACCACUAUCGGACAACUGCCGCUGGGGAUCGACAGCUGGCUGCUCAGUGGAUUUGCCCUUCAGCACAGCAUUGCAAGUGGUCUCUUUGCCUUUGCCCGAGGAACUCGCAGUACUGCUUUGGAACAGCAAGAUCUCGAUCGUUUGUGCAUCUGGAAUCAUUUAUGCCUCGUGCACCUCCACUAUUGUGUCGGAACGCGUCGCAAAUCAGUCCUUGAUGAAGAGGACAUACACAGAAGUAGGCUCAUUCUUGGCUCUCACAACGCCACAAAUUUUGAGUCGAGAAUGGUGGCAGAGGUCCAUCUGUAUUGGGUGAUCUAUCGAAAUUGUAGCGAAGCACUCGAUCUACCACGGACUCAAGAAUCACUGUCCAAGUGGAAAGAAGAAUGGGGCUGGCUUCUGGACCAGCCUCGUUCGCAAUUUGUGCAGAUGGGCUUCUAUUUUGCGCAGCUCAUGGCCUACGAUCAAUCGUUGAAAACCGGGUCAUCUGCAGUGCGAGAAUCUCUUCUUUCCGAGAUGGUACGCCUUUCUUCAUCGAUUAUCAAUCUCGCGAUGAACACGACGGACGAACGAACGCGGCAUCUCACGGACCAUAUCUACCACAUGAUUAGUUUUGCAGCAGUUACUCUGUGCCGACUGUUGAGCAAUUACGAAGAACAGCUCUCUCUAUCACACGACCUGAGCAGGCUGGACGAGACUGUGCUGUCUCUUGUAUCGUGGCUACAUGCGAUAGGCUUUCCCUGUCACGUCGCAUACACAAUGGGAGAUGUUGUCGCUGCUUUCCACAAGAAGCUACGCCCGAACACAGGACCUAGCCCUAACACCUCCUAUCUAGGCGUGGAUCCGGCGAUACAAGACGAUUUUGCGCUGCUCUUUCCUGAAUUCUAUGGUAACUCGUCCUUUGAUCUUAUGCACGGCUCGAUACUACCUGACUUUCAGCCUCUUGUAUGAAAGAAUUUAAACGUAGGGAUAUGAAAUGCCAUGACCAACAGGCGGGAUCGGAAAGGUUCCGAGUGAACAUACGACCAUUCACGAUUUCGGCCUGAACGGUCAUCACUCUGCAGCACUGGGCAAAAUCUGCGCGUACUAUACCACACCUCCUGGGGUAAUAUAUAACAUUCAAACUCCCAACGAGAGUCUGAAACACACCAAGAUUGACAGUGUGUUAUGGAACUACUAUUGCUUGAACACGCAUCGACAAUCGAAGAUUCUCCACAGUGUUCGACAAC